CAUAAUCAAUUAAUGGGCCUCCGCUCCGAGUUGACGAUUGAUUAUACAACUUAUUAGCUAGCUCUAACUGUAUCGAUCGUCUUCCCCAUACCGACUUUCCAUAACCAAUUCCCUAUUUUUGGGGGGCCAAACGGUUUGUGAGCCGCAAUGAAGCAGUAUGGCCCUUCUCUUCUCUUGAUGAUGAAUUCAUAACUAGUUUCUCCAUACUUUUGUGAGCCUAUAAGUUCAUGUGUGAGUUGAAAGCAGAGCGCUUCACAAGCAGGAACACUAGCUACUGCAUUGCAAAUUAAAGUGCCCGCAUCUCUCUAAAUCGAUCUCUUCAACUAUUUUUCUUCUCCGAUCCUCACAACAACAAAAAAAAUGGCGGUUGCAGUGGGUGUUAUCGUAGCUAUUUCUUUGUUAAUAUUUGCGAUUUUGUUGUAUCCUUCUCUUGUCGUGUCUCAGUCGUUCAGGCAGCUGAACCUUCCACCGGGAAAAGUAGGCGGUGAGUCCAUCGCCUUUGAGAUUCCCGGCAGUCCGGUAUUAUACACUGGUGUCAGGGAUGGUCAGAUCUUACAGUACCGCGGCCCAAUCGCCGGUUGGCUUGAAUUUGCAUUCACUAAUCCAAUGAGGUAGCUAGUCACCUACAUGUUCGGAUGUUCUCUAGCCGCAUAUUUUUCUUAUAGAAAGAAAAGUAAUCCACCAGUUGUUUCAUGUUUGCCCCAAAUUUUGAAACUAACUAAUACCGAAACAAUUACCUACUUUGUUCAGAUUUUAUCUACCACGAAUCAAUAUCAUACAAAUUUAAUCAUCAAUUAGUUCUUUCAUUACGAUGAAUUAUGGUAUAUUUCUAGAUGAGGAAUUUUACAAUGUUAUAUAACAUUGGUGCUAUAGGUUUUUGCUUUUAUGGUACAAUUUGAAGUUGUAACUUUGAGUAACGUUAUGGUACAACUUCAAAUUGUACCUAUACUCUUUUGUACAAAUUCAUUUAUGGUACAACCAAAGCAGUCAAAAUUGGAAUUUUAUCUAAAAUCGAAAACACGGAUAAAAUCGGAAUCGUAAAAUCGAAUCGUAGAAUUUUAAGUACCACAUAGAAAUUAACAUAUAAUAAUAUUAAUAAGGUAAAUCAUUAAUAACACAAAGACAUAUAACAUUUAAAGUGAUAAUUUUCAAGAUUAAUGUUCCAAAAUCAUCAUUUAAAUUGUUAUUUAAUGCGUAACUCAAAAUAAUUUAUGAGGAAGGGAUAGAGCUCAUGAAGUUUGGCUCUUGUUUUUCAUGUUGUGUCUAGGUAGUUUAACUCAAAGUAGUAUUCCGACAUCGUCUACUAAGCAUGAUUGAAAACUAAGAAUAAGUGAACUCCAAUAAGAAUUUUAAUGUCAUUGGUUUGGUACAAAUAUAUUCAUUAAUCAAUUAAUUUGUUAAUAAUGAUGUUAAUUCUUUCGUACUUACAAUAUUAUGAUAAAUAUUUUACUAAUUAGUUAAACAAGGGGAAGGGAAAGUGGUUGUCCAAACCCUAAUUAGGUUAUUUUUUUUCUUUUCAAAUGUUCUUUUAAUAGGGAAAAUAUCUGAGAAGAUACAUGGUAAAAAUAUCUGAGAAGAUACAUUGUAGUUGAUUACAAUGUCGUAUGUGUUUUAGGUCUCGGGCGGUUUGCGACAACACAACCGACCCUGACAUGGGUCCGGUUUGCGGCUACCCAUUGGGUCUGGCCUACAACCCACUGACCAGACAGCUCAUCAUAGCCGACGCCUACCUAGGCCUCCUGACGUCGGGGCCCGACGGCAGGCUGGCCAAGCCGCUCGCCACCGCCGCAGAAGGCGUUCCCUUCGUCGCCACAAACGCAGUGGACGUCGAUCCACUCAGCGGAAACAUCUACUGUUAGAGUAGUCAAAGAGUAAAGGAAAUACCACAUUGGUGGGAGAAGGAAAGUGCAAGUUGUUUUUAAGUUUGCUUUCCACUUUAGUUAUUGGAUAAAGUGGUUAGUGGGCUUUUGGAAAAAGUGUGGGCUAUUUAAUUUGACAUAUUAAAUCGCACUACGCACUUAGCACGUAUGUGCGACGAGUUCGGAUUUGAAUUUUUGGCUAAUUAAUUACCGGAAUUAUUUUAAUUAAUUAAUCCGGAUAAU